UCUGGGCACUCAAUAAAUGAGCAAUGUCCUGAAUMAAUGGAAAGCGUUGAAUGGACAACAAGUUAGCUAGAAAAACGAAGAUGUUAACAUCUCGUACUGUAAUAAUGCGUUCAAGGAUCAGCUAUGUACAGUUCUAGGCUUGAUGAACGAAUGACAUGGGUUCAAAGCUCUGCUUGUGGAGGAGCAGCAGCGAUUGCAAGCCGAACUCUAACRUCACCGUUGGAAGUUGUCAAGGUUCUUGCUCAAGUUGGCACUGAGCAAACUUGGAAUGGCCUUGCUAAAACGUUUGCCAAUGUCUACAGAACUGAGGGAAUUAAAGCAUUUUGGAAGGGGAAUUACAUAACAUGUUUUAGACUAUUUCCAUACAGCAGUUUGCAGUUUCUAACUUUCAACUCUUUGAUGAUGUMUUUUGAAAAUGAAGGACACUUUUCAAGCAUGAGUUCAGUUGUUGCAGGGCUGGGAAGUACUAUUAUUGCAAUGGUUCUUGUUUAUCCCUGUGAUGUGAUCAGAACAAGGUUGAUAAUUCAACCCUACAAAUAUCAUGGUGGUACAUGUAUAAUAAGAACUCUUAAAGCUGUAUGGCAAAAAGAAGGUUUUCUGGCUUUGUAUAGAGGAUUGGUGCCUUCAGUGAUUGGUGUCAUUCCAUUUGCUGGAGGGUCAUUCUUAACAUAUCAUUGGCUUGAUGAGUAUUYGCCAUUGUCAACGGAUAGUACAGAACUACAAGUGAUUGCUAGUGCCUGUAUGGCUGCAGCAUUUGCACAGAUAAUGUCUUACCCAUUGGACACAGUCAGGAAAAAGAUGCAGGCUAGCAGCAUGUUCAUCCAAACAGGGGAUCAAAGAGUACAAGUCAAGUACAAUGGAAUGUGUGAUGUUUUUAAUCAAACAGUUCAACAUAAUGGUUUUAAAGGAUUGUGGAGGGGGCUUUCAGUGAAUCUUAUCAAGAUUGUACCCAGCAUAGUCCUAACAUAUCUAGUAUAUGAACAAUGCAAAAGGGUUUUCUUAUAUCAGAAUGGAUAUACAAUGUCCCCAUUUGAUGCCAUUCCCAGAGAGGAUGUUGAUCAAAGUCUGUUACCACAUGAAGUCAAAACAAAUCAAUAGUGGACUUCUCAAUAAGCAUGUAAUCCGUGACGUUUCAUGGGAAUGUCAAGCACUCUAGAUGUGAUUGACUAAUUAUUGUCUAGUCUCUGGAGGCAUACAUGUAGCAAGUAUGUCCUUUGAGAUAACAGAAAGGAAGACUUUAAAGAACCUUUUGUUGGGUCAUAUAUUUGUACUCAAAGACAUGUAGUAGCGGGUUCACUCUUUUGAGCAAUAUGUGUACUUUUUCAAGCAAAAAGAGUUAUAGAAUAUUAUUUCUAAUUCAACAAAGUUUUCUCUGCUMUCAUUGGUGUUGAGAUGGGUUCCAGUAUYAGUGCAUGGAGCCCACUUCAGCAAAUUUUAUUGUUGAAUGAUAAAAACAGAGUGUAGUUGAAUAGAGGGCAUUGUGUUUUUGAUUGUUGACCUUGGGCAUUCUUUGAAACUUUACAGUUGUMCUCAAAAUUCCAGUUUCUGUAAGCAAUAAUGGCCUCUUUUCAACUACUCUUUUGUUUAAAACAGUGAGACAUUAUUGACAAUUGUCAAUGAUACACAGGCAGGGUAAUUCAAAUACAUAUUUAUUUUAUGCCACAUCAAGAAAAUGUUAUUUACAAAUAAACAAAACAUUUACAUUUAAUUAAACUGAUGACAACGGAUGUUUUACUGUCAUCACAACUACUCUAAACAGCCAACACUUCAUGUACAGAGAAUAAUUAUUCUAAAAUAUUUCAUUGUUAAAAAGGACUUUUCAAGGAAAUAACUACAUGUGUUUAUUGUUUGCAAUUUGUUUGAUUCUUCUAUAUGCAGAAAACAAUAUACAUAAUAAUUGUGCACCAUUACAAAUCUUAACUUCAUAAUAAUUUGAAAAAUAAACGAACUAUGGCAGGAA